AUGACGAAGGGUACCUCCAGCUUCGGUAAGCGUCACAACAAGACGCACACUCUGUGCCGUCGAUGCGGUCGCCGCUCUCUGCACAUCCAGAAGCACGAGUGCUCUUCUUGCGGCUUCCCCGCUGCCAAGACCCGCAAGUUCAACUGGGGUGAGAAGGCCAAGCGCAGGAAGACCACCGGCACCGGCCGCAUGCGCCACCUCAAGGACGUCUCGCGGCGCUUCAAGAACGGCUUCCAGAACGGCGAGCCCAAGAACGCCCGCCACAACACCAUCAUGGCCAAGACCAACAAGGACUAA